AUGCCUCCUGCGAUACGAAGGCUCGCCAUCUUCGCAAUCUGCCUCUUUGGCCUUAUCUACCUCUUCCGCUCCCGACGGUCUACCGACAUACCCGGCGCCCCCGGUUACAGACCUGUCCAGAAGAUCUUCGACGAAGAAGAGCAAUCGCUUGCUCAUGCGCAACAUAGCUACACCAAGAUCCGCGGCCAAAAGAACCUCGCCAUAUCCCCUACUGCACCCUUGCGCGAUCGCCUCCGCUACCAAUUUCCCUACGACCUACGACGAAGCUUCCCCGCGUAUAUCUGGCAAACAUGGAAAUACACCCCAGCAUCUUCGGAGUUCAUCGAUGACCUGCGUGUUACCGAGGCAAGUUGGACUGAGCUCCAUCCUCUGUUCACCCAUGAGGUGAUCCCCGACGAGACCCAACGACGCUUGAUCCAGUACCUCUACGGCUCGGUACCGGAUGUAUUCGAGGCAUAUGAUUCCCUACCACUUCCGGUGAUGAAGGCAGACUUCUUUCGCUAUUUGGUACUCUUGGCGCGUGGCGGGAUUUAUAGUGACAUCGAUACAUUAGCGCUGAAGCCAGCGGGAUACUGGCUUCCGGAGGAGCUUGACAGAUCAACUGUGGGCUUCAUGGUUGGCAUCGAGGCCGAUCCUGACCGGCCAGACUGGCAUGACUGGUACUCUCGGCGUAUCCAGUUCUGCCAAUGGACAAUUGUGUCGAAGCCGGGACAUCCGAUCCUGCGUGAUAUGGUAGCUUAUGUGACGGAGGAAGCACUGCGCAUGAAAAAGGCGGGCAUUCUGAAGGUUGGCAAGAUGGACAAAACUAUCAUGGAGCUGGGGGGCAAGAACAUCACCUACGAAGAUUUCUCGAAUCAAGUUGAGCGCCGUAAGGUCGGCGAUGUGGUCGUUUUGCCUAUCACCAGCUUUAGUCCCGGCGUUGGACAAAUGAACGCGGGAGACACUGACCAUCCCUUGGCCUUUGUCAAGCAUAACUUUGAUGGUACCUGGAAAACAGACCCCUCACUGUAG